AUGACACUGUAUUGGAAAGAUGAUCCAAAACCACUAAAGCAAAUAUGUCUUGUCAAUCGAGCAUUUGCUCCUGACAUCCUAGUUGGGUUUAACGAUUCAGACUAUGAUUGGCAUUUUAUUAUGGAAAGAGCAUAUCAUCUCAACAUACUCAAAUGGAUGUGGAAGCGAAUAACAGGAAAGUUCAAAACAAAGGAAGAAAUCCUAAAGGGCGGUCCAAUUAAGAUCAAAAUCAGUACAGAAGAGGAUUUUGCUUCUAGUUUUCUUAAACUGCUAAGUCUUGACAGUAAGGCCAAUAUGCCAUAUAAUAAAAUGUGGAAAAUCUAUUCAGAAAGAAAUCGCCUUUAUAGCUUACAUUUCUCUUUUCGACACACACUAUCGCACAAACAGAAUGAAGGGAAAUAUCCUGGUGCAUACGUAUUUCCACCUAAAAAAGGGAUUAAAGGAGAAAGACCUGUAACAGGAUUGGAUUUUAAUUCAUUAUAUCCCAGUAUUAUCAUGGUAUAUAAACUCUCCCCAGAAAAAUUUAUUUUUGAUCAAAAGGAUGCUGAUAUUGCACAAAAUAAUGGAAAUAAUUUCCAAAUGGAAAAGAAAGACUUAUACCCGGCUGUAUUAAAGGAUUUAUUUAACAAGAGGCUGAAGCUUAAAGUAUGUCUGGUUUCACUAGGAAAGAAAAGGCAACAACUUGGGAAGAUGAUAAGUUCAGCUAAAGAAAGAGGCAAAAGGAUUCUGGAAAGCUUAAAUUUAGAAUACUUAUCUGUAUACUUUGAUUAUGAUUAUUGGGAUUCAAAGCAAAAAGCUUUAAAGAUAUAUAUGAACACUUUUUAUAGGGAAGCAGAAAAUAGAAAAUCUCCAAUCUUUCUUCGUAAAUUAGCCUAUAAAAUUACUAUAGCGGAAAAAUAUAAUCUUAAUCUUGUUGUUGAAUUCGUAUCAAAGAAAGGAAAAGAACUUUCUAAAGAAGUAUACUGGACUGAAAUAGUCAAAAUUACUAUGAAAAAGUUGCAUGAUCAAGUAAAUGCUUAUCUUAGGAUAAAAAGUGAGGCAUCUUAUAGCAUACAAAGAGAGAGGAUUAUGAGGGAGGCUAUGAAUAUAAAUAAUACACGCUCAAUUCACAAAAUUGUUGAAGAUACUCUUAAAGAAGCACAGAAUAAGGAAUGGGAUUUCAAUAAAUUUAUUAGAAAUGAAAGGAUUCCUGAUCCCAGUGAACGCUUUAGCUAUGUUGUUGUAAAAGGUCUACCUCUAUAUAAUAAAGACAGUAGAAAGGAGCCACAUAAAGAUCAACAACAGCAAUGUGCGCACACUUUAUCAAUAAAGAUGAUAGCUCUCAACCACCCCCAUCAAGAUAAAAUAAUACAGAUCAAGGAUUCAGAUAAAAGGGAAAAGCAGAUCGAUGAAUAUUCCUAG